GAGAGUGGUAUGGAGCAUUUCUGUCUUUUAACAUACUGUCUUUUGAAAAGGUCCAAAUUCUUUGUUUCUUGAACAGACUUAAAUCAUCUUAGAGGAUUUCUUUCAGCAGAAAAAAAGGAAAAUUUUUUUUUUUUCCACAGACUCAUUUAUAUGAAAAGAAGAUAAUAGAGAAGGUUACAACAGUAAUGGAUAUUCUUCUGUCAGUCUCUCUAGGCUUUUGCUGACGUUCUUUUGGAGCCUCUUCCCUUGUUAUUUUCAAGCCAAAAUCUCAGCAUGCCCACCCUUGUUUCAUUGCCCAAAAUACCCUUUUUAGAUCGAGAAAAAAAAAAAUCACCGUGGGAAUAGAAAAUUACAAACCAAGAUUCACCCAUGUUAUUAAAAAGAACCCUACUUCCCCAUCAACCCAAGAAUCCAACUUUAAGGUAUACGAACAACCUAGAGAAAAAGGGUCGUCACCUUUGCAUAAAGAGGACUAACUUUUAGGAUUACUUGUACUUGUGUGCUUGGUUUGAUGCUUCAGUGAAAUGAUCUUUCACACACUUAAAUUGAAUGCAUAUCUAUCCUUUUUCGCUGUCAAGUAUGGAAGAAAAAGAUGCAUUCUCGAGGAAGCUUCUGCAUAUCUUGGUGAAUGAAGUUCGGUAUUAGGACGAAUCUGUAGACAAAUAUGUGAAGCUCAUUUGCUGCUUUAGAAUUUGUUAGGCAGUGCAAUGAGGUGUUUGGCGGCACUUCACAAGUCCAGGCAUCUCAGUAGCCAAGGUGAUUUUGGAACCUGAGAUUUGAGUGCUUUAACACCUUAGCUUUCUGUUGGCAAAAGUAGCUCUAUCAUCAGAUACUAUCUUUUCAACAGCUUAGGAUUUAUAGUCUUGCACUUAUGCUUGCGAACACCUCUAAUUGGCACAAUUAUGGCACAACACAACCCGGCAUAUUUUAGCACUAAAAGCUACAGGACUGCCAAAUGAGCUAUCAGUCAUUUUCUUUUCUUUUUUGGAAAGCAUUGAGUUGGUUUGGUGGUGUUUACCCUUUUGUGUAUUCUCUACUGGGAGUAAACCUUUGCCGAGGUAAAGAAGCUAGUAUUUCACAAGAUGUUGGUGAGUUGGUGAAAGAGGUGAAAGAGGAGGGUACUUAAGGAACAAGAAGAUCCUUCCUAACUGCCCAUUUAUUAUAGCUGCUAAUAAAAUGGUAACAAACAUGUUUGCCAAAACAGGGAAAAAUCCAAGAAAGUUUAAAAACUCUAGACUGGCCCAAGCUAUUUAUAUCACGCAUCCAUGAGACCCUCCUUAGGACAUCUCAGGAUCAGCUUCUGCCUUCUGUCUCUCUCUCUCUCUCUGCAUAGUGUCUUUCAGAGUGUAAGAAAAAAGAAACCCAUGAUUCUCCUUAACCACCGUUUCUCUAUAUUACCUUUCUACCUACACUGAGGAAUCACAACACACCCAAGAAGGCAUAUUAUGGGUAGAUCUUCAAAACGAGAGACCAGAGAGGCAAUGGAAAUAGACAAUAAGCCCUGUAAGCUCAAGGAAGAGGCUCAUCUUUCUGGUGCUUACAUCCGUAGCUUGGUGAAACAAUUGACCUCAUCAAGAACCAAAGAUCCCAUGAGCUCACAACAGGAUCCGGAGUCCGUCGAUAGCGAUGGUUUCUCUGCCCAAAGUUUAGCCAAAUUUCGAGAGGCUUUCAGUGAAACCCAACAACAAUCUCAGCAACCUCCACCACCCCACAAAAAGCAGGUUAGGAGGAGACUCCAUACCAGUAGGCCUUACCAAGAAAGGCUUCUGAAUAUGGCUGAGGCUAGGAGAGAGAUUGUCACUGCACUGAAAUUCCACAGAGCAGCUAUGAAAGAAGCCCAAGAGAAACAGCUACAACAAGAAAGGGAUCAACUUCAGCAGCAGCAAUCAUCGCCGCCACCAUCAAUUCAUCCACAACCUCAACCAUGUCCUGAAGAAGGAAAAAUAGUGCCCAGAAUGUACCAAAAGAUUAGCCAUUCAUCAAGCCAUGCCUUUUCCUCAAAUUAUUUUGGAAAUCUUGCAUACCCCUCUUUCUCAUAUCCUCCACCACCUCCUCCAAACCCUUUUUCCUCCUGGCCAAUUUCUCCAAUUUCCCCUUUACCUGCUGCUGAGAGCCUGAACUUCACGCUCCCAAACCAGCCCUUAGGGCUCAAUCUGAAUUUCCAUGAUUUUGACAACCUCGUAGAGACCAAUCUUUACCACAAUGGUAACAACCCACCAUCCAUCUACUCAGCCUCAUCUCCAUCAUCAUCUUCCUCUCCUCCCUUGUCUGUUGCUGCGGAGGAGGGUCCUCCUUCAUUGGGGGCUUCUUCUUCCGAGGGGCCUCCCAUGGUGGCUGUGGCUGAGGCCACUGAGUCAGGGUCACUUAGUGGCGGUGGAGGGUUGCAUCAGGUGGUGGCCGAUGAAGAGAUAGCAGAGAUCAGGUCAAUUGGGGAGCAGCACCAGAUGGAGUGGAAUGAUGCCAUGAACCUGGUCACAUCAGCCUGGUGGUUCAAGUGCUUGAAGGAUAUGGAUAUUGGACCUGAAUUGAGGGCUGAGGAUGAUGGUUACCAACCCUUUGAUGAGGUCAUGGAGUUCCCGUCCUGGUUGAGUUCAAAUGAGAAUUGCUUGCAGCAACAUCUCAAUGAUUGCUUCUCAGAGGACUAUUACCAAGAUCCUGCCUUACCUUGCAUGGACAUAGGAGAAAUUGAAGGAAUUGAUGAUGGGGAGUGGUUAUCGUGACAAAGAUUGAUUUUUUUUUUUUUUUUGGGUAAUCAAAUCUUUGCUUCUUGCAGAUGCAGAUUUUUCUGAGGAUCAAGUUGCUUCUUUUUGUACUUUGUAGUCUGUUUGUUAGAACUCCUUUUCCCAUCCUCCUCCCCCACAUUAAUAAGGCUUGCAGAAGAAAGCUUGAAGCAGGCAAGCCACCAAGAGGAAAAAAUAGCUUCUAGGGAAGGAAGUGAAUGUGCUUUCCUCUGUCUAGGUACCAAUUAUUGGGAAAUUUUGUAGUUUUAAUAUGUAUACAUAUAUUACAUAAUAAUAUUAUAUAUGAUUUUUUUUUAA